GAGAGAAGGUGAUUCACACCACAUUGUGAGUACAUUUUUAAGUUUUACUAGUUUUUACUCAUAUUUGGGGUGAAAAGCGUACACUAUGAAUUACCAGGUAAAACUAGAGUCUCUCCGUAUCGAGACGAUGAUGAGCGGACUGAGGGAAGAGUGUUUCAAUUUGUGUUGCACGAAUCUAUCUCAGAAUGAACUAACCAGAGAUGAAGUUAAUUGCAUCGAUCGUUGUUCCUGGCGUUAUUUGCAUACACACAAGAUCAUUAACGAUGCUGUGAAACGAGGCAUGCAGGGUGAAAAAAAUAAUACAUUUUAGUGAUUUGAGCAGACAUGGUUUCGUCAAAUCUUUCUUUUCCUCCUUUCGUGCAUUUUCUGCUCAUUGUUUUUGGUAUAUUUCGUGUACUCAUAUAUCAAAAGUGAUUUGUGCUCUUAGGUUUUGCCGACGGCGUGGAGAACUUGGAAUGAAUUUUGUUAAGUUGCUUAAAUUUGCAACUUCACUACUCUUCUGCGCGGAAGCUUUAUAUCUAAAAUUGAUAACAUGAAGUAAUAGGUGCUUCCUUUAUAUUUAUUUAAAAGUGUUCCAUACAAAAAUGCAAUACUUCUCUAUGCUGAGCACUGGGAUACUAUUGAAGUGAGAUUCAGUUGCUUUUUCUU